AUGAGCUUCUCAGAAUGUUAUAAUAGUUCAUCUUGCAAAGAUGAAGGAUUUCAGAGGCUUGGAAAUGUUUCAGCGGAUUGUAUUCGUGGAUUGUCCCAGUUGUCUACUCAAUCGACAUAUUCCUUUGAGAAUGAUUUUCUUAAAAAUACAGAAAGAAAGUGUAUUACUGAUAUUAAAAUUUCUACCGAGGUUAUGACGUGUAUUGCUUACGGAACUAUCAAAGCAAUUGAGAGUAAAUACAACUGGUGGUACAAAUCCUGUAAGAAAUGCCCGUAUUCUGUUUUUGAAGAUUAUGAGAAAUGGUUUUGUAAAAACUGCCAAAAACAUUGGAGUGAUUAUCAACCAAGAUUCAGUGUUCAAGUCAGAGUUGUUGAUAAUACCGAUUCUGCAUCAUUCAUUCUCUUUGAUAGAGAUUGUGUUACUUUGUUGGGUAUGAGUGCUUCUGAUUUGCGUGAAUUGCAAUACAAGAGGGGUGCUGAUUUGGAACAUUAUCCAAAAGAAUUUGAUGUUCUUAUUGACAAGUCCAUGCUGUUCAAGAUUAAUGUUAGAAAAAACAAUUUUGACUCAUACAAUGAGCCUAAAUAUCAAGUUUCUAAAGUUUGCACCGACGAAACUAUUAUGUCUUCCUUCAUCAAGUCUGCAACAGAAUUAAAUGAUGAAACUCUGUUUGAUCAAGCUUUCGACAAUGACAUUGUUGCUGCUGAAAAUGGAAGAGCUGCGGAUGUUGCGAGUCAGACAUGUGAAAGUGCAGAUCCUGUUAAUGAUUCUCUGUCUAUGAUUCUCUGCAUUAUUUUUUUUACGUUUUUUAAUACAAAUUAUUGUCGUUUGUUUUGCUUGAAAUUAACAGAUGUUUGUACAAUUGAGUUUCAAAAACGUGGGUUGCCUCAUCUCAUAUUCUACUGUUCUUGCAUUCCUCUAACAAGCCAGAAAAUGCUCUCGAUAUUGACAAAUUGA